UACGUGAAGGCGUCGCUGAUGGCCGAGGGCCGGCGGCUCAAGAAGCGCAAGACGUCGAUCAAGAAGAACACGCUGAACCCCAGCUACAACGAGGCGCUCGUGUUCGACGUGCCGCACGAGAGCGUGCACCACGUCAGCCUCACCAUCGCCGUCGUCGACUACGACUGCAUCGGGCACAACGAGGUGAUCGGGCUGUGCCGGGUGGGGGGCGACGCCGAGGGGCCGGGCCGCGAGCACUGGGCGCAGAUGCUGGCCAACCCCCGCAAGCCCAUCGAGCACUGGCACACCCUCGUCGAGGAGAAGGCUCUGGGGGUCUCGGCCAAAGGGGCGUCGCGGGACAAACCCAGCGUCGCGGUGGAGCCCCUCGGCCCCGACUGAGCCCGCGGUGGGGCCGGGGGCGCCGGCCCGGCUGGGGGGGCCCCGACACCGAAGCCAUAGGGACCCCCGGGGCCCCCCCCCGGGCCCCCGACCUGCACGACAAGGGGGGGCCCGGCCCCCCCCCCCACUGUGAACCCCGGAGUCUGGGGAGGGGGGGAGGGGGGGGGGGAGGGGGGCGCCCCCUCCCCCCACAGCCACGUGAAGGACCCAGGCGUCCGGGACCCCCCCCCAAUGUGUGUGUACGGGGGGGGCCCCCCAAAAGGGAGCCAGGGGUCCGGGACCCCCCCCAUCUCCCCCAGUGUGUGUGUACGGGGGGGCCCCCAAAAAGGACCCAGGCGUCCGGGACACCCCCCAAUAUGUGU